AUGGAUGAGGAUUUGUAUGAUGAAUUUGGUAAUUUAGUAGGAGAACAACUUGUUGAUUCCGAUGAUGAAGAUUUUGAAGUUGAAAUUGAGAGUAACAAGAUCCAAGAAUUGGGUGAUGAAGGAGAAGUUUUAGACUCUACCGAGUCUACAUCUUUAAUAGAACGUCAAUUUGGCGAUGAAGUGGAGAUUCUAGUCGAGACAGAAGAUAUACAGGAAGCAAAUGUGCCUUUAGUGGAGCCUUCUUUAGAAAGAACUAAAGCGGUUGAACAUGCAAUAUUUAACAAACCUAAAGAGAAAAUACCUAAAUGCAAUUACGAUAGAGAAUAUUUGAAAGGAACGUUGAAUAUCCCUGAGAGAAUAAAAAAUGUGGUGAUAAUUGGUUCUUUACACUCUGGUAAAACUUCUUUAUUGGAUACUUUAAUUUUAGAUGAACAUAAAUUGCUGAAUAACUCUAGUAAGAAUAUCAAAUUAGGUUGGAAACCAUUAAAAUAUACAGAUAAUUUAAAACAAGAGGUAGAUAGAGGUUUAUCUCUAAAGAUAAAUGGUUUUACAAUGCUUGGAACAGAUUUAAACGAUAAAUCGGUAGCAUUGAAUAUACUUGAUACGCCAGGCCAUGUGAACUUUUUUGAUGAAGUGGCAGUCGGUUUAGCAGUAUCAGAAUAUGCAAUUGUAUGUAUCGAUGUUGUCGAAGGUAUCACUUCUGUAGUUGGUCAAUUGAUCCAACAAUGCCAAAAUAGAGGACUAGAAAUGAUUUUUGUUUUAAACAAGAUUGAUAGAUUAAUUAUAGAAUUAAAACUACCUCCAAUGGAUGCAUACUUGAAAUUAAAUCAUAUAGUAGGAGAAAUUAACAGCUAUACAAAGAAACCAUACUCGCCCUCUAUAAAUAAUAUUGUAUUUGCUUCAGCUAAAUUAGGUUUUACAUUUACAAUUCGUGAAUUCAUUAAGUACUAUUAUUCAGAAAAGUUACCAACAAAAAUUGUCGUAGAAUUAGAAAAAAAGCUAUGGGGAAAUUAUUACUAUUCUGAUGGAAAGAUAAAAGAAGGGGUGCAAGAUCAAACUAAAUUCAAUACAUUUGUUGAGUUCAUUUUGCUUCCAAUUUACAAGAUUUUUAUUCAUACACUUGCUAACGACCCAUCAGUUUUAUCGAAAUUACUUAAAUAUCACUUUUCAAUUAAAUUAGAUGAAAAUGCUCUUAAUUAUGAUUCUCAGCCAUUAUUAAGAUAUAUCUGUAAUUUGAUAUUCAAAAAGCAAUCGGGUUUAAUUCAGAGUAUAGUUGAAUUGCCUGAUACAAAUGAAGUCCUGGGCAAGAAGAAAUCUAAACUCCUGAGAGGAGAUAUUCAUGAUGAAAAUACAACUAUUUUAGCCCAUUGUAUUAAGAAUAUGGAUAUUGAUGGAUUUGAAUGGUCGAUGUUAAGGAUUUAUAAAGGAAAUUUAGAAGUUGGAUCUAAGGUGCGUGUAAUCGAUUCGUCUAAUUUGUCAGCGUCAGAGAAUGAGGAUGGUGAAAUUUUUGAAGUGGAUGCAGAAGAAUUUCCCUUGAUCGAGAUAAGUGAGAUUGGUCUUCUCUGCGGUAGAUUUAUCAUCUCAGUUCAAAGUGCCUCUUGUGGUCAAAUUGUUCUUGUUAAAGGAAUAUCAAGUUCUUUUGCCAAAACAGCAACUAUAUACAACGGAUCUGGAACAAAUAUCCCUAUUUUUAAAGAAAUUGAUUACAUCAACGAACCAAUCUUUAAAGUUAUCAUUGAGCCAAUGAAGCCUUCAGAAUUGUCGAAGUUGUUGGAUGGUUUAAACAAGAUUGGUAGAACUUAUCCUGGUAUUGUAAUGAGAGUAGAAGAAUCUGGCGAGCAUGUAUUGAUUGGCUUUGGUGAAUUAUACUUAGACUGUUUCCUAUCUGAUCUAAGAAAUAAAUAUUCUGGAAUUGAAAUCAAAGUAUCAAAUCCUAUGACAGUUUUUUCAGAAAGUUGUUCUGGUGAAUCACUUGCUGCCAUACCAGUUCAUUCAUCGAGUAAUAAUGUUACAGUUAGUGUAAGUGCUAAACCACUAGAGUUGUCCUUACUUAAAGAUUUGACUAAGAACAGAAUUCCUUCAGAUAUAUUUGAAGAUCGUCAAAAACUUUCCAAACUGUUAAGAACAGAUUACGAUUGGGAUUCCCUAGAGGCCAGAAAUUUAUGGUCAUUUUAUCACUGUAAUGCUUUUGUCGAUGAUACGUUACCAGAUGAGGUCGACAAAACUUUAGUUGAAUCUUUCAGGCGACAAAUCUGCCAAGGGUUUUAUUGGGCUACAAGAGAAGGUCCACUUGCAGAGGAGCCAAUUCAUGGUGUUCAAUUUAAAUUGUUACAACUAAGUAUUGAUAAUCAAGAAGAUAGAACGGUAGGGACCCAGUUAAUUCCAUUACUUCGAAAAGCCUGCUAUGUGGCAUUAUUAACUGCAGUACCAACAUUUCUCGAACCCAUUUAUGAGGUUAAUGUUAUCGUACAUAAUCUACUGAUACCAAUUGUAGAGGAACUAUUCAAUAAGAGAAGAGGUGGAAGAAUAUACAGAAUGAAUAAAAUUGUUGCGACACCAUUCACAGAAAUACGAGCUCAAUUACCGGUCAUUGAGUCUGUAGGGUUUGAGACCGAUCUUAGAUUGUCAACGGAGGGUAAAGCUAUGUGUCAAUUGCAUUUCUGGAAUAAAAUAUGGCGUAAAGUACCAGGAGAUGUGAUGGAUGAGGAUGCUCCUAUUCCUAAAUUAAGACCAGCUCCAUACAACAGUCUAAGUCGUGAUUUCGUAAUGAAGACCAGAAGAAGGAAAGGUAUAUCUAAUGCAGGGUUUAUGUCCAACGACGGACCAACAUUAGAGAAAUUUAUUGACGCAGAUUUAUUUGAACAACUAAAAGAAAAUGACCUGGUUUAA